CACUGAAUAUAAGCGGGCUGCUCGUGCAGUGAGAGGCACAUUGGCCUCUAGCUGGCAGUGUCUUCUAGGAGAAGAUCAUUAUUCCUGGGACUCCUCAGGCUGCAGAUCUCACACAGCCCCGGUGCCUCCUCCUGCUGCUGCCUCCCUGUCUUACCAUGGAUCUGGCUCUGCAGGCUGUAGCCUCCUGAAAUGUGCUUUUUUGCAAGAAGGAGUUGACCAUUGUCUUGUGCAAGCCUGGAGGGCAAAAGGGACCUGGAAGAGACCAGUAGGGACUCACACUUGCUGGGGAGCUAUCCUGGACCCCUCACACCAUGGUUCUCCUCUUGAGGCAGACGUCCUAACAGCGAGUAAAGAUUAUAGAAGACAUCCGGAUUGCAGUCGCCUUUGACGCUUUGUAUUUCUUCGCCUGGAUUUUUGUGGCUCUGAAAAUGAAGAUUCAACUAUUAAUCGGGACAUUACUAACCCUCAUUCUGCAUACGGGGAUCUGUCGGGGAAUCAAGUGGCUAGCACUGUCCAAGACUUCUGCAUCCCUGGCCCUCAAUCAGACCCAGCACUGCAAGCAGCUGGAUGGCCUGGUCUCCUCGCAGAUGCAGCUCUGUCGCAGCAACCUGGAGCUGAUGCAGACCAUCAUCCAGGCGGCAAAGGAGGUGAAGAAAUCCUGCAUUAAAGCCUUCUCUGAUAUGAGGUGGAAUUGCUCCUCCAUAGAACUGGCACCAAACUUCCAUCAGGAUCUGGAAAGAGGGACCAGAGAGUCGGCCUAUGUGUACGCUCUGUCAGCAGCUACUAUCAGCCAUACUAUUGCAAGGGCCUGUACGACUGGGGACCUCCCGGGCUGCUCGUGUGGGCCUAUACCUGGGGAGACGCUGGGUCCAGGCUAUCGAUGGGGAGGAUGUGCCGACAACCUCAAUUAUGGUGUUCUCAUGGGCUCCAAGUUCUCAGAUGCUCCAAUGAAGAUGAAGAAGACUGGAUCUCAGGCCAAUAAGCUGAUGCACCUCCACAACAGCGAGGUGGGCAGGCAGGUGCUGAAAGCCUCGCUGGAGGUGAAAUGUAAGUGUCACGGAGUAUCGGGAUCCUGCUCCAUUAAGACGUGCUGGAAAGGUCUUCAGGACCUUCGAGAAAUCGCCUCGGACCUUAAAACCCGGUAUCUAUCAGCGACAAAGGUGGUUCACCGGCCCAUGGGUACGCGGAAACAGCUGGUGCCAAAAGACCUGGACAUCCGGCCAGUGCAAGAGACAGAACUUAUAUAUCUUCAGAGCUCGCCGGAUUAUUGCUUGAAGAAUGAAAAAUUGGGAUCACACGGGACUCAAGACCGACAAUGCAACAAGACAUCGGUAUGGAGUGACAGCUGUGACUUAAUGUGCUGCGGCCGAGGGUACAACCCUUACAUGGACAAAGUGGUGGAGAGAUGUCACUGCAAAUACCACUGGUGUUGCUACGUUACCUGCAAAAAAUGCGAGAGGACUGUGGAGCGAUACGUUUGCAAAUGAGCAGCCCCGCAGCAAGCGAGGAAACCCCCCGUGAAAGUGCAAACCAAAGUACUAUGCGCGAUCGGAGAGUACUUUCCUUUAAUCUGGUCUUUGCAUGGACAAAGUCGUCUAAAAAAACAAACAAGUGUGCCAAAUCGGAUUUAUUAUUAUACAGAGUAAGGGGGGGGGAAAUAUCAGACUUAAUUUUUUUGGGACCGACAUGAAUGUUUUUUUCAAUUUUUUAAAUAUAUACACAAAGUGAGGACUCCGAGCGCAGUUGGAGUAGGCCGACUGCCCCCCGUGUCUGCCAGAUUGUAAAUACUCACCAUUUAAAUGACUUUCCUCUCCGCGGCGCUCACCCACUGCUGUUUAACAAUGAUGAAGAAUGAGGGAUAAACCUGUGAAGAAAAAAAAUCCUGGACUUUAAGGAAUUGAAGCCCCCUUCGUUUAUAUAUACCCCAGUGGGCUCCAUCUGGGAAACUGUCCGAACCAGAGUGCAAUGAACCCUCAUUAAGACUCACUUUAUCAAAGAUUGUUUACAUUCUCCGGAGUUCCGUAACAGAUCGCAUCUCAGCUCGUCACCCAGGCAACAGUGUCCGGCCACUGUCGGUGGAUGUACAAAUUUUUCAUUUGUCUGCAGAACAAUACAGAGAGAUAUUUAUGAAUAUAGCAAUGGCUUCUCUUUCUCCUACCUUUUUAUAAAUAUAUAUAAAAUAUAAAUGUAAGUAAACAGCUUAAAGUUUGUAUGAAUAAAAGCUAAAAAGAAAAGGUAAAUAUAAAAUGGUUUCUACAAUAUAUUUUUAUAUUAAUUUUCUAUGCUGUUUUAUGAAAUACCACUUGUAAAUAUACAACUUAAGGUUUUCAUAUAGGUAAAGAGUGUAGACUUUAUUUUUUUUCUUUCGCGGAUGAAGUCCGUCUGAUUCAUUGGUGGGGGCGGGUGGGAGAUGUAUCGUACCUUGGGGAGAGAUAAAUUGGAGAGAGAUUAAGUACAGGACGAUCGGUUUCUAAAUGUCAUUUUACAGGCUGUAAAACAUUUUUAUGUGAUCUCUUUCCAGUUUAUCUCUCUCCAAGAUUUGAUACACCUCCCCUCGUAGUCUGAAUAGUAAACUUGGCAAAAUAUAAGAAGGGAUGCACCCACACACAUCAGCACUAAGGGAUCUAUUUACUAAGCCUUGGAUGGAGAUAAAGUCAACGGAGAUAAAGUACCAGCCAGUCGGCUCCUACCUGCCGUGUCUCCAUCAAAGGCUUUAGUAAAUAGACCCCUUUGUCACUAAUAUAACCCCCCCAUUAUUCCAUCUAUUAUCUACAACUCAGUUCUUGAUUACAGUGUUAAAGGCAGAUAAUUUGACAUUUGCUAAUUAAGAACUAGAUGAAUAAAAUAUAAAGAAAUUAUAUAUUUUAAAAAAAUAGAUUACCUAUACUGAAUAUUAACGUAAUAACACACAUAGAAUAGCUACAGUGUUUAGGUCGGCACCAAAUGGUCGACAUGCAGAAGUUCAACAGGUACAGUCGACAGAUAAAAGGUCGACAGUGGUUAAGGUCGACAAGUCCAAAAGGUCAGCCGGUUCAAAAGGUUAACAUGAGAAUUGUCGACACACAACUUGUCGACACAAGUUUUUUCAGGUUUAUUGGGUCAAAUCUUGUAUGUUUGAUAUGUCACCACCAUCAGUUGAUACAUGUACCCUCGCUGGAUCGCUUUGCUCGCUCCGCUCGCCGCAAGUUACUAUUCCCAAUUGAGGGCCACGUGUAUAGUAAAUCAUGAAAAAUCUUGGGAAAACAUGAAGAAAACUAAAAAAAUGUGUUGCCCAUUUGUGUGUCGACCAAUGCCAUGUCAACCUUUUGUACCUGUCGAGCUAAUGCAUGUCGGCCAUAUGGUGUCGACAUGUUGGACUAUACACUAUCUUAUCUAUAUACAGAAUAAUGGGAAAGACAGCACUCAGUGAAAGAUCAAACAAAGCAAAUGACAAAUGGUGGUGCAAGGUCCCAAAAAGGGUUAAUAUUGACACUCACUAUAUACGUGUAUGUAUGUAUAUAUAUAUAUAUAUAUAUAUAUAUAUACACACUCACUUUUCCCAGGUAAUGGAAAAAAUAAAAACCAGC